UGGCGGUCGCCGCCGCCGCCGCCGUCUAGGCUCCGUGUGUGCCGUAGUAGUAGUGCCUCGCCGCGAUCGCCUGCGUGCGUCUCCCUCGCGUUCUCUCGCUGUCUGUCCGUCUGUCCGUUGUUAUUGUUUGUUGUUGCCAUACUCGCGGCUGUUUUUAUCGGCGUCUCUCGCCGGGACAGCUGUCCCUUCGUCGACGCGUGCAGUGAGCGUAGUGUGCGUUUGAAGGGACGCGGGGCCCGCCAACUCGAGUUCCGCGCACAUCUCCGCUGAUGACUGAGCGAGAGGAGAGAUGUGGUGUGUAAAGAACGAGCCGUAGUAACGAGAAUCUGCGGAUAGAGCGGUGCAGCAGCCAACGCUCGCUCGGUCGGUCAGCAGUUUCUCUCGCCGUGUCUGUGCAGCAGUCGUCGUUCAGCGUCGUCGUGCGCGCGUGAAAUACACCUGUGCCGGCAGUGCCUCUUUCUGUGUGUGUGUGUGUGUGUGUGUACAAAUAAUAAUAAUGAUAAUGAUGAUUACGGUGGUCAUACAGUGAGCAGAAGAAGCUUCGAUAUUAAUACGACCACUAUAGCAGCACCACUGUACGGUCUAUGAGUGUGUGCCCUCUCGCAGUUGUUGUAGCAUCAGAGGCAGAGAGCAGCUCGUGCGUGCAGGAAGUGGCGCGCGCGCGCGCGCAAGAUGCGCCGAGUCCCCGUGGACAGGAGCUUCCGGCGCUGAUCCCGGAAGCCGCCGCUUGGCGAAAUGACGUGCCGGCAAUCGACGCUUCUACCCGAGACGAGUCGAGUGCAAUGACAGCCUCGCGGAAUGCUGCCGACUGCCACGACAAAUAGACUCCCGCCCAUCGAGAGACAGAAGCGCAGGAGGAAGAAGAAGCGCACCUGAUAGAGCCUACGUCGGGGCAGCCACAGCGAGGCAGGACCAUGUCGAUACGCGUGAGCGGCGUCUACCUCGUGCCGAGCGAGUCCAGCAACGAGAAGGCCGAGGAGAGCGAGCAGAACAAUCAGCUGCGACAGUACCACCAUCACCAUCACCACCACCAGAGCAAGACGGUGACGAUCGUCGCGGCUGGCCCUCAACGGAGCAACAGUCUGGACUACCUGAACUUCGAGGAGAAGCGCCAGAUCAUCGCCUCGUCGCUGUCGCUCAGCGACUUCCUGGCGCAUGGACCCGCCGCAGCCGCCGCCGCUGCUAAGGAGGUCGCCGCCAGCACCGUUGUUAUAGCGAAAAAGCAGAAUGGAGCAGCACUGCGAACGAACAGUCUGGGCUCGGGCACGCGGACGCCGCCGCUCGAAAGGAAAAGCAAGUUCUCGGCCUUCGGUAGACUCUUUAAGCCCUGGAAGUGGAAACGGAAAAAGAAAUCGGACAAGUUCGAGGCCGCCUCGAGAUCGCUCGAGAGGAAAAUUUCGGUUCGAGCGAACCGAGAUGAGCUUGUACAGAAGGGCAUCCUGCUGCCGGAUAGUCCCACGUCGCCCAUUCCCGAAAACAGUCCAACGGACGACAAGCCGCCGCAGAAGCCCCCGACUCCCCAGCAGCAGCAGGCCCACCACCAGCACCAGUUGCAGCAGCAGUUGCAGCAGCAGCUCCAGCAGCAGCAUCAGCAGCAACAGCAGCAGCAACAGCAAUCCGGUGGCGGUGGCACACCCGCGGCUACGCCUACCUCGCAGCAGCAGCAAUCGUUUCAGCAGCAGUCGCAGCAGCAGCAGCAGCAGUCGUCGGCAGCGCCGACCCCCACCGGUAACCAGCCGGGCAGCAAUCGAAGCUCGCCCCAUCCGUCGCCCCUCUACCCGGGGAUGCCACAGAUGCCGCAGUCGAAUCAGCACAACGGCAACUCUCAAGAGCCGAAAAAGGACAAGAGCGAGGCGAACAAUGGCAGCAACGGCGCGGUCUCUCCGAGCGGCGAGCAGCAGCAUCAGCAAUCCUCGGUGGGCCAUCAGCAUCACGAGGCCCCCCCGACAAAGCCCAACAGGCCCAACACCCUGGACACGAGUUCACGACACAUCCGGCGACUCAACUGUCCGCCCCGUGUCCUCGUUAACGAUCGCAAACCCGGUGUGUAUAAUCACGCCGAGGAGUCCUCCCUGACAGCGGACAAGGGGGUGCUCCACUCUGGCGCGGACGAGCAGCAGGUCAUAGAGAGAUGUUACCCGCAGAACCUGAUGCUGUCGGAGCUGCCGGAGCCGCCGAUUCCGCUCAGCGAAAUCGGACCCAUUCCGCCGCCGCCCAUGUUCAGCUCGCCCAGUCCGACUCUGAUCUCCAGGCAGAGGCAGCAGCAGAUGCCGCUUCUCGACUGCGAGGAUGACGACGACGAGGACAUCGACGUGGACGAGGAGGACAUGUACGGCAUCGACACGACGCGGGUCGAGGAGAUCCCGGCGAAGGAGCCCAAAUUCCACGCGAUGCCGCUCAAGAGCGCGCUGAAGAAGAAGGGCGGCGGAAGCGGGCCCGGUACGCCCCAGAGCACGCCCACUCAGGAGGUCAGGCCGCUCACGCUGCGCCAGGAACUCCACGCGUCCUUCAAAAGGCCUGCUUUAAGGUCUAGGAUGAGAAUAUGCAGUCGCCCGGUGAGGUUCGGCUUGGCGUUGCACGGCAACGUGGAGAACAAGGAGAACGCGAGGCCCUACGUCAUACGCGAGGACUCGGACACGGACUCGAACGAUGGACAGGUGCUCUAUCGGGAGGACUACGACGACGAGAAGAGUCGACUGGCGGCGAAGAUAGCGCGCAAGGAGUCGCUCUCGCUGAAGCUCGCGCUAAGACCCGAUCGGCAGGAGCUCAUCAACCGUAACAUCCUCCAGGUUCAAUCGGACAAUGAGAGGCAGGAGACGAAGGAAGCCAUCGGUGCGAGGCUCAUCAGGCGGCUGAGCAUGCGGCCGACUCAGGAGGAGCUGGAGGAGCGCAACAUUUUGAAAAAACAAAGUCCGGCCGAGGAAAAGAAGCAGAAGGAGGAGAAGAAGCGCUACCUACUGCGGAAGCUCAGCUUCCGGCCGACCGUCGACGAGCUCAAGGAGAAAAAGAUUAUCAGGUUCAACGACUACAUAGAGGUGACGCAGGCACACGACUACGACAGGAGAGCGGACAAGCCGUGGACGAGAUUGACCCCGAAGGACAAAGCCGCUAUAAGAAAGGAGCUUAACGAAUUUAAGAGCAUGGAGAUGGCCGUUCACGAGGAUAGUCGACACCUAACUAGUUACACUUAAUUUAAAAAAAACUCAACAUUUGUCCGUUAAUGUUCCAUAAACCAUGACAAUUGCAAUGUGUAGAGGUGAUACUAGAGUGUGAUGGUGCAGUUAACAAAAAUGUGGGUGCUGCAGUGCGAGCGCGCAUCAGACGCGGCGCCGCCGCGACACUGCGAUCGCAUUCGCGCCACGACGUCGAUCGGACUCCUACAGCAGCAAGAGCAGCGAAAACCUCUUCCUCACCGGCAGCCUGAAGAGCUGAUCCUCCGGAAGAGAAGGACCUACACCUCCGGAUGAAGCGAACAACGCGACUAGCUGCAGUCUGAAGGAGGAGACGAAGGGACAUAAACAUACAUACGUACACAGACAACACACACUAUACACAUAUGCACACACACAUAAACACACAUAAACACACAUCCGCCGAUCAAGUGCGGCAGCUCGAUUGUGAUAGAGUGGGCUCGCGCGAGCCAAGCCCUCGAGCGAGCGCAAGGAGGGAAUCCUGCGCCGCAACGUUUAUAUACGCUGCGCGUCCACUCAAACGAUUUGUUUAUUUUUUCGAUGUUUUUUCCUCCUUCGUUCGUCCGAUCGUUUAUUAUUAUUAUUUUUUUUAAUAUUAUCUAUAUUGUAUACCGUUUUCCUCGUUCGUGCGUUCGAUUUUUUCUCUCUUUUUUUGCGGAGGGGUGAGUGCGGAAGGAAGCGAUGCGCGUUGUACACGACGAUGUCACUGAUGUGCCAUUCUUCGUUGUUAAUUUUAAACUUGUUUGAGAUUUCCAGAGCUUGACUCGAUUACUUAUUUAGCGUUAAUUACGAAAUCAGCAAUUAGUUGCUCAAUUAACGAUGAUCAAGUUUUGUUUUGAGUAUCACAAUUCCCGAAGGGCGUGUUUCGUGGCCUUCACGGCAAAAUUAUAGAUUUUUAUUAAUUGCGUAUUUCUACGAUUUUUAAUUUCAAACGGAAGAUUAUUUGCGCUGAUUGGACUAUAUUGAAAUCGAAUCGCCAAUUAAUCAACAAUACGGAUCUCGAAACAAUGAAUCGAAUCGCAUUGGAAAUCGGAACAGGGGAAUACUAACGAACGAGCUAUGUGCUGGACGUCAAAAUAUAACGUGAUAUUGUUCGAUAAAUUCGCGACUAUGUUUUAAAAAUGCAAUACUUUCGCGUUAGUGUGUGAGAGUCGAGGGAGAGCCGAUGGCUAUUACGCCAAGGUGAACAUUUUUUGCAUGACGAUAUGUAUAGAACGACGAAUAAAAAAAAGAGAGAAAGACGAGAGAAUUGGCCAUUCCUUCGGCCGCAUUCCUGGAUAUAUUUAGUGAAACGAUUUUCGAAUUUUUAGAGCAAAAGUAAAGUAACAUUCGAAUUUUUCGCGCUUUGACUAAAGUCUGUCGCGUGUGAACGAACCCUAAAAUAUUUGUGCGUUAGAAAACACCACGUUUCAUUCUCACACGGCUUACCGGCGUUCUCUGGCGAUGUAUAUUCACAUUUAACGAACGAUUUCAAAAAUUGUUAUAUGAAAUUGCAAUAUCCUUGUUAUAAUAUUUUUGUCUAUUUAUUGGGAUCAUUAUUUUUUACUGUUAUCUGUCGGGACUAUGUUUAUAUCUGUGUAAAGUGUCUUGUUCUAUGUUAUCAGCUGUUGAUUUAUUACCGACUGAUUGAUUUCCCGCUUAUUUUAGCUUAAUCGUCCUUUCUGUACUUACUCAGACAUCUCCGGUAAGCCGGUAGGGAAUGUAUUGACUUCUAAUUAUUAUAAAUAUUAAGUAUGUAUUGAUGCGAAUAAUGAAAACGUUGUAUCGUGCAAUUAAUCUUGUACAGAAUAUAUGAUACGUAGGACUAUAAAAAUGUUCAACGAUCGCGGUCGUUACUAUCGCUAUUGUCAGUGACGCAAUUAUUUGUCAUUGAAUGCAAAUGUAACCGAUCUACUGGUCGUUUAAAAUAAAAAGAAUAGUAUCUUCCAUUUUCGAAGAUUGCGAUAGUUUAGUAAUAAAAUAAGCGUUUGAUCAAAAUUUCCUGUUUUACAAGGAUCGUUUUUUAAAUGUUUUAUUAAAGUUUUGCAUAUUUUAAAUUAAAAGUAAUUAUUUGCGAAUCGAAUUAUUUGUUAUAUUGUAAGGAAAAUUAUUUUUGGCGUCUUUUCUCUCAAUUACUACAUUAUAAAAUGAUAGGUUGUGGAAAAACGAAAUUUUCCAGCGAAAGGAAGAGCGUCUUUUUGCGAGUGCAACAUGGGAUACGGUCGAGCAAGGGGGGUCAAGUAUGCAAUUCUUUUUUUUUUUUUUUUAAUUAAAAAAAAAAAGUUAAUCAUGUUUACUUGAACGAUGAACGAAUUUACGCACGAUUAGCGAAACAUAUUUGAAGCUCCGCAUUCAAUAACGUAAAGCUUGAUUCUUGUAUAUAUAUACAUACACUCAAAAUGUGAGCAGGAGAAAAAGUAGAAGGAAGCUCCCUAAUAGGAAAGGAAACUACGCUAUACGCUACGAUAUUAUUCUGCAUAAACGAUUAUUAAAGAAAACAAAACAACUACUUAUAAAUACUAAUUUUUAGGUAUGACGUCCUAACGUGAACGAUACACCAUAUAAAUAUUAUACAUACGCAUAGGUAUAUUAUUACACGUUUAUAGUAAUGUAACUACUAUAUUGCGACGUACAAGCGGCAUGUGUGCAUUUUUCCAGCACAGAAAGUCCGGUAUUUUGUGUACAAAAGAGGAGGUGACGUGAUGAAACGCGAAUUUCCUCGCGAUGGAUAGCGCUUACAUAUAUCUUUGGCGUAUAAACUGCACUAUGGCUAACACACACACAAAUGAAAUAAAAGAAAAUAAUAAAAGCAAAAACAGAAACAGAAAACGUAAUCCCUCGUACAGACUUGUGCGAUCACGUACUAUUGUGCUAAAUAUUCAUGGUGUAAUCGCGGCUGCGCAAUGUGGUAUGCGCUCAUUCAAGAUCUACGAUGGUGCCAUUACCCUUACGAACAAAUUUUCUAGCAGUUUCGCACUAUUCUGAUAAGAGUUAUUAAUCGGUUACCAAAUCUUCUACGUGUAUCGGUAGAUGAAGCUGUAAUUGAUUUGAGUGAUGAUUAUACUUUUGAUUUUGUAUUAUCUAGUAAUAAAUUAUUCCUCGAGAUCAAUGAAGUGUGAUUUAUUAAUUUGAUAGCACCAUGCGAAUCUGCUACAGAAUUUUUUAGUGAGGGCAUUAAUUAAACAAAUGAAAAGCAAAAAAUCCAAAAUUUUCUUUCUGCGGCUCGUACUACCUAAAUAAAGCCAAGCUUUAUUCUUACGACAAAGGUUUUUCUUUAAGGCUGAGUGUAUCUGUGCUUGAUCUAUGUGUACGCAAACGUGUAACAGCGCAUGUGCUAUUUGAUAUAAAGCGAGCUUUAUUCGGACUCUACUUGUACGAGUCGCAGAAUGGAACUGGAAGCUUGAAAGACUUGUUUGAGAAUAAAAAAUUGACGUUUCUCCAACUUUGCGGCUUGUAAGAUAAAUAACUCAAGAUAACAAAAAAAAAAUUACUGGUAUCGUUACCUGGACGGACGGUCAUUCUAAUUGUAACAUAUAGUAGAUCUAGCGAUAGUUUAAUCGGUAGAUAUAAUGACAACAAUAAUAAUACGUUAAGGAAAAAAUAAUAAGGGCUUGUUUCAAAAUUUUUUCGUGCGAUACAACGGUCAAAGCGGUUCCAAACGCAACAUAUAAGCGAACUAUACAAAUCGCGAAGUAGAUGGCAAAUUUUUUCUCGACUCCGUGUAUGCGUGCUGCUUCGUGCACGUGGCUUAGAACAAAGUAAACAAAUAAACAAUCACUUGCAGGCUGUUGUUGUAUUCGAACCUGUCGUUUCUGAUCUUUACCGAUUAAUAAUGGAAAGAACAAAAAAAAAACUUAAUUAUCGCGAAACACAUUCGCGCGCGAAUGAAAUUUAUUCGUGUUUUAAAACAGAAAAUAUAAUAAAAAUGUAGUAGUGUGUCAGAAACCAAGUUAUUAUCGUCCUCCUUACUACAGAAAAAAAAUCGAUUACAAGUAGCGAAUACCAUUUGUUCGAUACGAAUGAAGUUAAGUGUCAAAUUUCAAAAAGCAUCGAUGGUGAUUUUUACCAAAAUGACUCUGCGUAAGCUUACGCAGAGAAUUGUACGUAAAGUAUGUAGCCGCAAAUUGAGAUUCAUUUGAGACAUAAACUCGUUUCUCUCAAACGAAAAUUUGAAGCAAUGCUGACGUACAAAAUCAUUUUUGUUUCAUUAAAGUAGACUUCACCGAUUGUUUGUUACGUGCAACUUUGUCUGUCGAAAACCUGUAAAAGCCGAGCUCUCGUCAUUUUUCAAACUUGAUCAAUGUUUUUUACCUUUUAUUACCAAGCGAUGUCCUUUUCUUUGGCGCGCAUCGCGUGUUAUCGUUUUCGUAUAUAUUAGCGAUGAAACAUAAGUAUUUUUGUUGAUGAAAUGCGUACUUUUUCGAGAAACAGCGAAGAUUAUAUAAGUGGAAACAUUGUAAGCUGCGAGAUUUUUUUGUGCGUUGGCCAAAAGUGAAAUGAAGAAGCGAAUGAAAUGCUGUAUUAUAUCGAGAAAUAACAAGAGGCCCAUUAAGUGUAAGAACAUUGUAUAUAAUUAUUAUAAUGUAAACUCUAAUUAACUGCACCUCUACCGAAGGAGGGAAACGAAGCGAUUACCCAAAACAGGGCCAAGAAUGCGCGGGAGGGACGGGGGGUAUGAGAAUUUAAAAAAUAAGAAUCGACGUUUCUGAAAAAUCGCGCACCACUUUACUCAAGCGAUUUUCAAAGGAACACUACGUUUUUUUGAUUCGGAACCAUUCUAUCUUUUGUUAUUAGUUUAUACGCACCACGAUUAUCGCAAUUUACUGUAUCAUCAAUGAAAUAUUGUAACAAACAAAAAUACUGUUAACUAUUCUUAAAAAAAAUUAAAACUUUUGUAAACUGACAUGGAA